AUGGCCUCACUCGCGCGGACCGGCCUUCUCAGGCAUUCCCAGCUCAUGCUGGCAUCCAAGACCGUGCCCGCUACCGGCAGACUCUCGCAAGCUACGCGAACAACCUCGAUCCUCUCACGGCAAGCCGUACCCUCGGUUCUUGCGACAGUCCCACGAUUCGCGCCGUUUUCGACAUCAGCUCAGAAGAAGAUUAUGCCUCCGGGACCGCAGGUGAUUGAGGGCGGAGUGAACGAUCCUGCGCCGGUACCAAAGCCGAGCCCCAUUCACGGCAGCUACCAUUGGACCUUCGAGCGACUGGUCUCGAUCGGCCUCAUCCCUUUGACUCUGGCGCCUUUCACUGCCGGAGCCAUUAGUCCCGCAGUUGACGCUUCUCUUGUGUUCCUCCUGAUUAUUCACUCUCAUAUGGGAUUUCAAUCUUGUAUUACAGACUAUUUCUCGGUGAGGAAGCAUCCCGGUCUCCGCAAGUUCUGCGACUGGACACUGAACAUCGCAACACUAUUGGUUAUGUGGGGGUUCUACGAGUUCGAGACGAAUGACGUGGGUCUGGCGGAGAUGAUCAAACGUGUCUGGCGUGCGGGUGCCAAUGAUGCCACUAUCGGGAAAGCUGAGGCCAGCGGCCUGGGCCAUGAUGGAAAGUUGAAACACUUGAAGGAUUAG